CGGCGGCCACUGUCAGGGCGCGAGCGGCGGGAGCGCACGCAGGGCUGGAGCGAGUGCAGCCGCCGCCGCCGCCGACACCGCGGCACAUGGGCCGGCCCCGCCGCUGCCGUCGCCCCUAGCCCCAGCAGCCCUGGUCUCGCAGCCUCCUGCGGCUCUGGUCGCCCGACCAGCCAUGUCUCUCGGCGGAGCCUCCGAGCGCAGCGUCCCGGCCACCAAGAUUGAAAUUACCGUGUCCUGCCGGAACCUGCUAGACCUUGAUACCUUCUCCAAGUCCGACCCCAUGGUGGUGCUUUACACGCAGAGCCGGGCCAGCCAGGAGUGGCGGGAGUUCGGACGGACCGAGGUGAUUGAUAACACGCUGAACCCAGACUUCGUGCGCAAAUUCGUCCUCGACUAUUUCUUUGAGGAAAAGCAAAAUCUGCGCUUCGAUGUGUACAACGUGGACUCCAAAACCAACAUCUCCAAACCGACCCCAUCUUCUUCAGGCGCCCAACCCACCCUCCUGGUCCCUCUCCUCCUGCCUGAGUGUCCUGCCUGUGCCCCCUACUCACUGUUCCUCUUCCUUCUUGGCUGCCACUGCUGGGACCUGCAGAAGGAUUUCCUGGGACAAGCGUUCCUGGCCCUGGGAGAGGUGAUUGGAGGCCAGGGCAGCCGAGUAGAGCGAACCCUCACGGGUGUACCAGGCAAGAAGUGUGGGACCAUAUUGCUGACUGCAGAAGAGCUUAGCAAUUGUCGGGACAUUGCCACCAUGCAGCUGUGUGCAAACAAGCUGGACAAGAAGGACUUCUUUGGGAAAUCAGACCCCUUCCUUGUGUUCUACAGGAGCAAUGAGGAUGGCACGUUCACCAUCUGCCACAAGACAGAGGUUGUGAAAAACACGCUGAAUCCUGUCUGGCAGCCCUUCAGCAUCCCUGUGCGGGCUCUGUGCAAUGGAGACUAUGACAGAACGGUGAAGAUUGAUGUGUACGACUGGGACCGGGAUGGAAGCCACGAUUUCAUUGGUGAGUUCACCACCAGCUACCGGGAGCUGAGCAAGGCCCAGAACCAGUUCACAGUAUAUGAGGUUCUUAACCCUCGGAAGAAAUGUAAGAAGAAGAAAUAUGUCAACUCAGGAACUGUGACGCUGCUCUCCUUCUCUGUGGACUCUGAAUUCACUUUUGUUGAUUACAUCAAGGGAGGGACACAGCUGAACUUCACAGUAGCUAUUGACUUCACGGCUUCCAAUGGGAAUCCUCUGCAGCCUACCUCCCUGCACUACAUGAGUCCCUACCAGCUCAGCGCCUAUGCCAUGGCCCUCAAGGCAGUGGGAGAGAUCAUCCAGGACUAUGACAGUGAUAAGCUCUUCCCAGCUUAUGGCUUUGGGGCCAAGCUGCCCCCAGAGGGACGGAUCUCCCACCAGUUCCCCCUGAACAACAAUGAUGAGGACCCCAACUGUGCGGGCAUCGAGGGUGUGCUGGAGAGCUAUUUCCAGAGCCUGCGCACAGUGCAGCUCUAUGGGCCCACCUACUUUGCUCCUGUCAUCAACCAAGUGGCCAGGGCUGCAGCCAAGAUCUCUGAUGGCUCCCAGUACUAUGUUCUGCUCAUCAUCACUGAUGGGGUCAUCUCUGACAUGACGCAGACCAAGGAGGCCAUCGUCAGCGCCUCCUCAUUGCCCAUGUCUAUCAUUAUCGUCGGUGUAGGACCAGCCAUGUUUGAGGCAAUGGAAGAGUUGGACGGUGAUGAUGUGCGCGUGUCCUCUAGGGGACGCUACGCAGAGCGGGACAUCGUUCAGUUCGUCCCAUUCCGAGACUAUGUUGACCGGUCGGGGAACCAGGUGUUGAGCAUGGCCCGACUGGCCAAGGAUGUGCUGGCCGAGAUCCCGGAGCAGCUGCUGUCCUAUAUGCGCACCAGAGACAUCCAGCCUCGGCCCCCACCCCCUGCCAACCCCAGCCCGAUCCCAGCUCCAGAGCAGCCCUGAGGAUUCCACAUAUCCAAUGCCUCACAGUCUGCAAGCCUGCUCACCCACUGCUUCUGCUUUAAGCCAGAGGCACCUGGAACCCUGGACUUCACUGGGAGGGCCAACUUGGAGGAUCGGUGCUGGCUGACAAGCCCUCCGCCUCCUUGCCUGCAGAGGGCCUGGCACUAUCACCACCUCUCUGGCUUCAUGCCAAUAAUAAAGCUGAUCUUUAUUCCA